AUGGCCCCCGUGACAUCCGCCCUCGUCCUCUCCCUUCUGACCUCCCUCGGCGGCGCAAUCGGCUACGCCCGCACAGGCUCAAUCCCCUCCAUCGCAGCCGGCCUUUCCGUAGGCUUCGUGUAUCUCCUCUCGUUCCUACGUCUACGUGGCGGCCAAUCCUAUGGCGAGGAACUCGGCCUCUUGGCUUCUGCUGUGCUAGGUGGAAGCUCGAUCCCGCGUGUUAUCAAGACGGGUGGAAAGCCUGUUCCAUUGGGCUUGUCUGUGCUUGCGUUGUAUGGACUAUGGAUUUUCGGGAUUGCCUACAAGGAGCGGAGAUAG